GGAGAACCUCGAUGCACCCACCCGCUCUUAUUAUCGUUCACUGAUGUGUACGGCGCUCACAGCUUUGAUUAGAUCUUCCAACUUCAUCUUAUGGACCCUCCCAGUUCAGCCCCCUCGACUGGACCUCCGAGUCGAGGGCGCGGCGGCGGCUCACGGCCGCGAUCCAACCGCGGUGGAUUGGGCAAAUAUCUACGCGCUCGUGGUCGAGGACAUCGAGGUGGUGGACGACCUGCCCACUUCACCCAGCGGCUGCUCCUUGAAGGCGAAGGACCGGAUGAAGAGGAGGACGAGGAAGAAAAGGCUGAACGACUGGCCAAGUACUCGAGGAGACAGCUAGGUACGAAUGUGGAUCGGUAUAAAGAGGAAGAACCUGAGUUGGACUCGGAUGGCGAACCAAUUGUCGAGCCUGAGGUCGACCUCUCAACUUUCCUCGAGAAACAGCGGAUCUCCUCUCCAUCGCCUACUUCUCUCGCUCCGCUGGAGAAAGGGAAAGACGCCGUCAACGAAGAUGAGGUUGACGCCUCCUUAGCACACAUCUCGUCUAAACCGACAAACCGGGUGACGGCGGACCGCAAAGGAAAAGUGCAGCAGAUCGAAUGGGAUGCCGAGUUGGAUGAAAUGACUAGGGAGAAAGAGGCUGCUGAAGCCCAGUGGGAUUUAAAGGCACGGUUCAAAGCCAAAUCUGAAAAGCUGAAGGCGAAACCAGUUUUCAAGUCUGCCCGAGAAAAGCAAGCAGCGAAAGUCGAGCAGGCGCCAGAGUUGCCGACUGCAGAAGCCACCAAGCCUAAAGACGAGAAAGCUGAAAUGGAAGCGUUUCUCGACGAUCUACUGGGUUGAUGCCCAAAUAUUCACCAUUCGGCCAUGCACACUUUGGUCCACACCUCAGAAAGCGUCCAGCAGGGCGGCGAGGCGCAACCUUCUUUUGCUCUGCUUAGGGGCUGGGACGUUGCCCCCAUUCUCUUCGACCCUCGAUGAGCCUCUUCGAAACAGGAAUCGCUAGCCAAAAGGACCACUUCGCCCGAUGAUAUCGUCAUUGAUUGAUCCUCAAAGAUAUGCGACGAUGGCCUUGGUGCUGAUGCUCGUGUAAAGGGUUGCAAGUCAACCAAUGAUAAGGUUAAUGUAUAGGGCCCUUGGACUAGUUCCGAAAGCAAUAAGACAGGUAUCUCCUGGAAUAUACAAUAUCGCUUCAUCUCAUAUAACUUACAACUUAGCCUUCUGUCUAACUUCCAAUCCAGCCAACUUGGCAGUGCUCUGCAAAAUCUCGACCGUCUCCCUCUCCAGCCUCUCCACCAGAUCCUUGCACGUAGGGAUAUCGUCGAUCAAUCCCAUAACAAUACCGGCAGUCCAAAUACCAUAAUCGGGAUCACCCAACUCGUAGACCUUGCGUCCUCGCUCUCCCGAAACGAGGUCUUUGAUAUCCUCGAAUUUAGCGUUGCCUUGCUUCUCAAUCUUGACGACCUCCAUGGAGAUCUUGUUCUUGAAGACGCGAGCGGUGUUGUGGAGAGUGCGGAAGAUGUGGACGGUGUCGCGUUCAGUGGAUGCGACGAUCUUCUCCUUGAUGUUUUGGUGGAUAGGGCUCUCAACUGUGCACAUGAAUCGGGUUCCCAA